UUAAUCCUCCUAGAACGGGCUUGAUUGGCAUCCAGCAUGACUGCUUACACGUCACUGCGGGUUUUCUGAGAAGAUUUCGAGUAACGUUUUUCACUGAAACAAACAAUGGCUAGAAGUAAUAAAGCCGAUCGGGAGCUCACGGAGGUGUUUAAUCAGCUGUGGGCCCUCGACACUAACCGUCUGACGCCAGGCACUGAUUACGUCAUCUCUCUUCAGGGCAAAGCGGGUUAUGUGGCUCAAGGCAGCAACAAUGCCAGAGAUCGGGCCCACGCUCCACUCUUCUCAUACGUCAAUGAGGAAAAGCUGAAGAGCAUUGAGACGUAUGCACACUUUAUCAACUUGCUGGACAACUAUGAGUCUUCCACUGGCGUGUCAGAGACUGUUACUACAGAGGAACUCAAAGAGAACCGACUCUUCAUCGAUGCCAUCAUGGAGACGGACGUCAUGAAGUGCACGCACAACUAUCUGGUCAGGAAGCGACUGUCUCCCUCAAACCCUCAACAAUUCAAGAAACAAUUGUAUGACAUCUGGUUCAAACUCUACCACAGGGACCGGAAUGGAGGGGAGGAUUCCUGUGGAUUUGAACACGUGUUUGUUGGAGAGACCAAAUAUAACCACGAGAUCAUGGGUCUUCAUAACUGGGUCCAGUUCUACCUGCAGGAGAAGCACGGCAAUGUCGACUACAAGGGCUACAAAGCCAGACAAAACAAGGACACUCCUGAUGAGGACGACCAUGUGCUGAGUCUGCAGUUCAGCUGGAAGGGCCUUGUGAAACCGAUGGGUAGCUCCUUCAUCGGUGUCAGUCCAGAGUUUGAGGUCGCUCUUUUCACCAUCAUCUUCCUCAUGUCCACUGAGAAAAUGACCUCUGUUGAGGUGAAGGUGGACGAGUACGUCCUGGAGCUGGUUGUCUAUCGACACGGCCGAUCCAUCGCCACGUCCUACCCCAAGCUGCUCAGCAGUAACAACAGGGAUUUGUAAUUUUAACCCAGUCACUCCAGAGCGAAUAGCAGUCCUUUGUAACAAACUCAUGUUUCUGUUUGACUUUACCAUUUAUAUUGUUAAAAAAUUUUAAUCUCGUUCUUUUGCACUACACAGAAAAAUAAAGUUAAAUAUGGACUUAAUAUGAACCUAUGGUGGAAUGUUCACAACUUUUUGAAGUCACACUCCAGUCAUCUUCUGAUAUAAUUUCAAAGUGUUCCCAGUUUUUUUUUUACUAUGAUCAUGCUGUUUUUAGCCACAAUCAUUUUCUAGUACGGUUUCUGCAGAGUGGUUGGAGCUCAUCAGAUAUUCACCUCUGAGAGUAAGCCUUCCUUUAGUUCCCAUCAUCUUUUUGUUGACAAGCCCUCCCGCUAGCUUACAGCCCCUAACAACCCCCACGUAAUAUUACUGCUGCAGAAAAAAUGCUGAGCAAUAUCAGAGCUAUCCAGCCGUACAGUUUUGAUCCAGAUUCCAGUUCAGACGAGGAAAAC